AUGGCAUUCGCUGUCUCACAGAUCCCAAGGACUUUGGCAAGAGAAUUUACCCUGCGCAAUGCCUUAUCAACCACGUUUAAACGUCCGAAUCAAUUUAUCACAUUUCAUUCCUUUGCAAGUCAUCGUCAAAUGGUUGUAAAGGCUAGGUUGAAAGUUACCGUCACAAGGAAUUGUUUCUUCUCUACUGAACAAACUAAUCAAGCUCAUAAAAGCUCCCCCAAAAUCAAUGAUUCGAAACCUUCACUCGAGAAAUCAACUAAACCAGAACAACCUUCGAUACAAAAAAAACCUUCAGGAAUUCAUGAUUAUUUCUCUCAAAAUAAUAAAGAGCAAGGCAAAAGAUUACCAGCGUUUCCUAUAGUAUUGAUUUUUACGGCAUCCGCAAUCGCAUUCCUUGGAUUGUACCAGUAUUUUUACUCAACAGUUAAUAAAUAUCCCGAAGAGAUUCGUAAAAAUCUCAAAAAGGGCUUAUAUUAUCAAAAUUAUAGGAGUGAUCCAAUUCGUGCGGUUAAUUAUUAUCAAACUGCACUCACGGAAGCCUUUAAUCAUGCAGAAUUAGACAAUUCAUCGGCGGAAGUUACUGGAAUCAUGAUUCAAUUGGGUAGCCUAUACGAGGAGCUUGGACGAAUACGUGAUGCCGCGGAUGUUUUUACAAUGGCGUAUGAUGCCAUCGUUACCCCCAAUCGUAUUUCAAUAAAAUUGGAUGGGGAGAAAAAACUUAGGUCUAUUGGAUUGGCGCAAAAGUUAGGCGAUUUGCAUCAAAGUUUGAAACAGGAUGAGCAAGCAGAAAAAUACUUUGUAUGGUCCGUAGAACAACUUUUGCAGUCACAACACGAAUUGGACCAAUCCAAUCAUGAUCACAGCAAUCGUGAUGGGUUAUUUUCAAAGGGACGUGACUUGACUCUUCCACCUUGGAUGACAUCGACUGAUUUAGGUGCUUCGCUUGAAGCUCUGGCAACUUUCUAUUCAUCGCGACACAAAUACGCAUACGCUCUCCCACUUUAUCUUCGUGCUUUAUCAUUGAUCAAUCCACCCGAGUCUUCUUGUCAUUCAGCCGUUCUUAUGAACAAUAUAUCAGAGGUGUUCACCGGCAUGGGUAAUCUGGAAGAAGCACAAGGUUGGGCGGAGCGAGGUUUAAAGCUUGUUGAAAAUUUUAAACAAAAAAGGAAAAAUACGGAAUGUGAAGAAGCUUGUGGAGUUUUAUUAUUUAAUUUAGGAAUGAUCUCAGAAGCAAGUGAAUAUUACGAAAAGGCUCGUAAUUUUGCAAAGAAGAUUGACUUUACAGAUUGUGUAAAUGAAGCUGAUCUCGCAUUGCAGAGAAUCAAUAAUUUAACAAAUAAGAAUUAA